UUAGAAUCGAAGGAAAACAUCACCCCCAUGGCCGAUUGCGAUGGCUCUGAAGUUCCACAACCGUGUUGGAACGCUUGUCACUCUUAGUAACAACAAUUGCACGGCCCAGAGAAACCAUCCCACGCAGGAAUUCAACAAUGGGGUAGUAAUGAGUGCGGAACCACUCCAGGACAAUGUUCCUUUCGAAGUUCGAAUAGACCGAAAGGUAAACUCCUGGAGUGGUUCUAUUGAGAUAGGUGUCACAACAUGUGACCCUAGCACUAUGAAAUUCCCUAUCAGUGCCACAGGAUUCAGAGAGGGAACAUGGGUGAUGUCUGGUAGCUCCAUAUUGAGGGAUGGACACUCUGUCAUUGAGGAAUAUGGGGCAGAUCUUGAUCAACUUAAUGAAGGUGAAAAGGUUGGUGUGAUGCGUACAACAGAUGGGACUCUCCAUUUUCUGGUGAAUGGGGUAGACCAAGGCCCAGCAGCUAAUGGCAUUGCAGCAAAAGUAUACGCAGUCAUAGAUAUGUACGGAAAAUGUGCCCAAGUUACCAUUGUUGACAAUGCACCUGGAACCAACCAGGAAAAUGAUGGAAUUUCCAAUGAUGUUGCUAGUCAGCUUGCAAAUGAGUUCCUUACUCAACUGUCCAAUCAAAUAGUAAAUGAUUUGACAAGAAAUGUAGAGGCCCUGGGAAUAGACACUGUAGCUCCCAGUUCCAAUGAGCGUCUGACAUUCCAUGAGCGCUGUGGAAGUCUCGUCAAACUCAGUAACAGCCGUCGAACGGCUGAGAGACGCCAUCCACUGGAUGAAUUCAAUAAUGGAGUAGUAAUGACCAAUCGACCUUUGAAAAAUGAUGAGUUAUUUGAGAUUCGCUUGGAUGUAUUGGUUGACAAAUGGUCAGGAUCCAUAGAGGUAGGAAUUACUACCCACAAUCCCUCUGUGUUAGACUUUCCUGCCACCAUGACUAACAUGAGAUCAGACCUGGAUGUUGUAGGUACCAUAAUGAUGAGUGGGUGCGGAAUUCUGACCAAUGGCAAGGGAACCAGGCGGGAGUAUGGUGUCUACAACCUGGACGAGCUAACAGAAGGUGAUCGUAUAGGACUGAUCAGGAAAUCCAAUGGACAUCUCCACUACUAUAUCAAUGGGGAGGACCAGGGUGUGGCCUCCAAUGAGACCCCUCCCACUAUCUGGGGGGUGGUGGACCUGUACGGUAUGGCAGUCAAAGUGAGCAUACUGGACCGCAAUGACCCCAACUACCCUAACAACAUAUCAUCCCCAGCCCAGAGGGCGCGCAACAUAUUCAGACAGUACCCAGACAUGUACGAUGAGAUCUCUUCUGAAGAAGCUGAGCCAGUGGAGAGGCUGCUGUUUCAUACUAGAUGUGGGUCACACGCAGCGGUCAUCAACAACCAAAGGACAGCGCACAGACCAAAUGCCCUUGAUGAUUUCAACUAUGGGGUAGUCCUUACUAAUCGCACACUCAGGCCGGAGGAAUUGUUUGAAGUUCAUAUUGAUAAGAUGGUGGACAAGUGGGCAGGGUCCAUUGAGAUCGGGGUGACUCUCCAUUCACCAAAUGACCUUGACUUCCCUUCCACAAUGACUAACAUGAGGUCGGGGACGUGGAUGAUGACUGGGACGGGGGUUAUGCAUAACGGGACGACUGUGAUUGACAUGUAUGGCCAAAAUCUGGACAGGUUAAAGGCAGGAGACAGAGUUGGAGUGAAGAGACGAGGGGAUGGCACGCUCCACUUUUAUGUGAAUGGGAUUGAUCAAGGGCAGGGGGCAACAGGUGUCCCUCCCAAUGUGUAUGGGGUCAUUGACCUUUAUGGUCAGGCAGCACAGACCACCAUUGUUGACCAUACAGAUCCCCUAUCUCCGGAUGCUGACUCCAGUAAUAUAAGCGACACAGAGGAACUCCGUUUCCAUCACAUUCAUGGUCAGAAUUCCACCAUCGCUAACAAUGGUCGCACCUGUCUAAGGCCCAAUGCCACAGGCGAGUUUAACGAUGCAAUAAUAAUGAGCAGUCGUCCCCUGAAAGAUAACGAGCUGUUUGAAGUUAUCAUUGAGAAGAUGGUGGAUCGCUGGUCUGGGUCACUGGAGGCAGGGGUGACCCUAAUCAAACCAGAGGAGCUGGAGUUUCCCAACACGAUGACAGACAUAGCAUACGAUACUUGGAUGCUUAGUGGGGCAGCCAUCAUGCAGGAUGGGUCUACUAUCAGAAAUGGGUACCCCCUCGACCUUGAUGCUGUUACUGUGGGUUGUAGGAUCGGGAUCAUGCGGUGCUCUGAUGGCACUCUACAUUAUUUCUUGAACGGGGCUGACCAGGGAGCGGCCUGCUCAGAUGUUCCACAUGGUAUAUUUGCUGUGAUUGACCUAUAUGGACAGUGUGCUCAGGUGUCUAUUACCAGUGGAUCAGGUGUUUACCAAGACAACAACCUCCCACAGUCUGAUCAGGCCAUUAUGUCACCCUCCUCAUCAGAUGUUUCUCACCGCUUUAGUUUGUGUUGUGGUAAAUGUAUAACAAUAAAAAACAACAGCUGUACCACGGUACGUUCCACUGGGUACAACAACGCCAUCGUGUUCAGCUCCGAUCCACUCAAGAGGGACGAGAUAUUUGAGAUAAGAAUUGAUCAGGUGUGCCGAGUAUGGUCUGGGUCACUACACAUUGGUCUGACCACUCUAGCGAUCUCUGAUACAACCUCUUCCUCAAUCAUCCCAGCGUCUGCCCUUGAACUGACCUCCAAACUGACGUGGUUAAUCACAGGGUCAGAGGUCAGGAAGAAUGGUUUUGUCAUCAAGGAGAACUAUGCACCAGCUCUUGAGAGAUUAGAGGUUGGUAAUUUUGUGGGCAUCCGCCGCGUCUCAGAUGGAACUCUUCAUCUGUACAUUAAUGGUGAGGACAUGGGCGUGGCAGCCUCUAACAUCCCUAAGAACGUGUUUGUGGUGAUCGACCUUUAUGGUCCAGUGGAGAUGAUCACCAUCACCAGCAGUUGCUCUUGGGACGCCUCUUUAAUGGCCAGCCAGCAGUCUCAGUCCAUUACCUCAGAACUCGCCGAGGCAGCGGAGUUUGAUGCGGAUGAGGAAUACCCCAAUACUAUUGGGUUCCACACGAACCAUGGCAAGAAUAUAAUGAUCAGUAAUGGAGGCCUGACAGCUGACAGAACAGAGAGUUACAACCAGGGAAUUAUUGUUACUAGCCAGCCACUGCGCAAGAAACACAUGUUUCAGGUGCGGAUUGAACACCUGAACACCCGCUGGAGUUUCUCACUGAUGAUCGGUGUAUUGGGAUUCCCCCCUGAUAAAUACACCUUUCCUGUGUCUUCCAUGUCCAUCAAAAAGUCCUGUAUCAUGAUUCAGGGGAAUGCAGUGUACAGCUCAGGGUGUAAGAUUAAAGAAAAUUAUGGUCCAAAUCUGGAUGAGCUACAGAUUGGUCAUGUGAUAGGGAUAAUGGUGGAUGAGGAGAGUAACCUGCGACUGUUUUUUAACGGGGUGGAUCAAGGCGUGGCGGCGCGGGAUGUCCCAGGCUCCUGUUACGGUCUGGUGGAUCUCUAUGGGAUUUGUGACAAGGUGACAGUGGUCCCUAACGAAGGAAGUGGGGAAUCCCCUGAGCCUCAUCACAAAGACAAAGAGAAGGCAGAGAAAGAAAAUAUGGAAGAAGUGCUUAAGGAAAAGCAGAGUCUGAGUGAGUCCAUUUUAGGGAGUGUUGUGAUUCGGCCAUGCGAGUACGCCAAAACUUGCUCCAAAGUUCGCAGUCUGAUGGGUAUCCCGGAUGGAUUCUUCCUGGAACAACAAAUGACAUGUUAUUGUGAAUCUUGCCAUAAACUUAGAUCGGAGGAUUUGUAUCUCAGGAGAGGGGAACCCCCUAGGGAGUACUCGGUACCCCUGGGAUGGUGCCGAUACAUUCUCAAACAGCGUCAGAAAGCAUCAUCAUUUGUAGCAUCGGACAAAUGGCAUGUGGCAUAUUAUGGAACGCAGCUGGAGGUCCUUAGAAAAAUUCUAGACACUGGAGAUAUACAUGCAUGUAGUGACCAGAUGGGAGGAGGAAGCAUUCUGCUGCCACAGUCCAUAGCAUUCACCGAGAAAUCCCGCCCAGACAGCUCUAGUCUCAAACAAAUCAUCAUGUCUCCCACUAUACGAUACAUAGGAUGUAACGAGUUCUCGCCCAAAUUCAAACUUCUAGAUCCAAGAACAAAAAAGACAUUCCAUGUUCGAGUGGCAUUUCAGGUCUGGCUAAAACCAGGCUCGUAUAAAACAGGUCCCCAGAGUCUGGGUCUCACCGAUCAGAUUGAUCCACAGUUCCCCAACAGUGAACUGGAGUGGUCCACCAAGGAGCAUGGGUCCGUUCUCUUACAUGGACUGCUUAUAAAGAUAGAAAACUUGUAGCAGAAAACAGUUCUAAGACAGUUUAUUUAAUUAGGAUUGCGGUCUAAGUGUUACAGGAAACAAAAUUGGAGGGUGAAAGUUACAAGAACUUCUUAGCACUAUUUAAAGAGCCUACAGUCCAUCAGGAGGACACUGAUUGAAUAGAUAUAUAUUACUAGUCUUCUCAAAAAAUGAGAAAAAGACAAAAAUGUUAUCUGAGGAGAAUGUAGCAAUGGACUACAAAAAAAUCCAGUUGAAUGAUGUUUGUGUGUGAUUGUAAUUUUGAAUUUGCUAAAUCAAAGUAUUUUGCCAUUAAGCACACUAUGUAGUUGGAUCUAUUGUUUGAUCAAGAGUUUUACGUAAUCAUGCAUCAAAGUAAUUAACUUUCAUCCAUACGGACACAUAUCUGUACCUGAAUCAACCUACAGCUCAUAUGACUUGCUCACCAUAUGUAUUGAUGUGUGUUCACUGACCACCUAUUACAAAGGUUACAAAAAACAGCAACUGAAACCACGGCUACAUUCAAGUGAAUCAGGAAUUCCUGAACUUUUUAAAAUAUUGUUAGUGGUUUUGUUUCUGUUUUAUUUUUUAAUGAAGAUUUUGAUACAUGUAGAACAGAUUUUACAUUCAGAAAGAUAGCUUUACUUGCAUGAAUUGUAAGUAGAAAACAGAAUGAUGAAAAAAUUUACAAAUCAGAAUAUUCAAUAAUCUUUGUUGUUUUAUAAGAUUUUGUAUUGGUGUCAGUGUGUUAACAUAAAAACCUUUUUGUUGUACUGAAGUUGUAAACAAAGUCCGAGUGACACGGUAGACUGUCAGAAGUAUGUGAUGGUGAGUCAUUAUUUAUUACAGCAUACUUGAUGGUUUGUAACUUUACCAGUCAUUCUUGGUGGUUGAUUGCUUUAUGGUAAGUAAGCAGCAUUGCGAUUUAUCAGUUAGAGGUCAUGUAUGUAUAAGACUGGCAUUUUGAGAAUGGCUAAUAAGUUGAUCUGUAAAGUAUUAUUGUCAGGUAUUUAAAACCAAUGAAAUCAGUCUAAAACAUAUUUUAGAUGUGUUUGUAUGAAUUUUAAUAUACUGUACAUGUAUAUUUAUGUGUCUUACUGUGUAUGUAUUUGUUUAAUAUAUAAAUAAUAACUCCAUAGGAGUGUUUUGACAAUUUGAGGCUAACUGCCUUUGACACAAUUUUAGCCAUUACAAUAAUGUUUUUUGUUUUCAAAAAAGAAUUUUCAAUAGUAGAUUUGUUUACAAUAUUAAUAUUAAUAGAAUGCAGAUGUUUUUCAAUUUUUUAAUUUAUUAUGUUUGUUACUGAUCUCACCUUCUCCAUAUCUGUUUUGUGUAUAAUACCGCAAAAUAAAAGAGGGCGAUAAAUUUUA